AUGCUCCAGAAUAACCAGGCAGCAGCGCUUCUAGUUCUGCUCAUGAUCGCGCAAGGUGCCAAUGCCGUCCCUACGGCGGAAGCAAGGGCUCUCUCAGCUGGUCUGAUCGAGACUUGCCGCAUCUCGCUUUUCGAUAUCAUCGAGAAGGACAUCGAGAUGUGCGCCGACCCUACCGCUCUUCGAUGCGCCUUACUCUUCAUGCUCCUCGGAGCCUGGAGCGGAGAUAAGUGGCUUAUGGACAUAGCCAUGGGUCAACGCGGGAUGUAUCUCUCGAUGCUAAAGCACGCCGGAAUGUUUGAAUCUCAGCCAUCCAUGAUUCCCACGUUCAGUAGCUCCACCAAUGCUGAGCUCCAAUGGCGUUCAUGGCUACACCGAGAAUCCCAAAAUAGGCUGGUGUAUAAUUUUGUCAUGGUGGACCAAGAACUUAGCUUGUUCCAUGAUACGGCACCAAUGCUGUCAACCAGCGAGCUCUGCGCCCCCUUACCUGGUCCCGAGCUACUAUGGAUGUCGGCCAACGCUGACCAAUGGGUCGCUGCCGUACAAUCCAUCUACGGCUGCACUGCAAACGUUAAUCCCCAGCUUCUCACCACACCCCCUUCGCUCACCCCCUCACUCUACGAUCUGUUUCAGGAUCUCCUAAACGAUAAUCUUCCUGCCUAUACCACAUCACAGAUGCUGUCAUGCUUCUCGGAUGUCAUGGGUACACGGCGUAUAGGUAAUAGGACUGGCAUAAAAUCAUCCUUCGAAUCCCGCCGCGACGAGAUCCAGGUCCUGCUGCAGAAGUGGUACGAGCUGACUAUCACCUACUACAAGGCGAACCCGACAUGUGCGACCAGCAAGACUAAUCUGGUGCUCUACCACCUAAUCUCCCUCAACGCGAUUACCAAUUUCCCGGAAAUAGAGAGGCUGGCUCGGCGCGAGGGAUUCGACGGCUCCUACUGGGAACUGUCCCUGCGCCACAAGCGCUGCAUAUCCCAGCGCGAGGAGGCCAUCUUCCACUGCGGCCAGGUGUUCCGGCUGCUACGACGGUCGAUGCCGCGGGACCGGCGGCCCAGCUGGUGGAGCGCGGGUGUCUACCGCGCCACGCUGAUCCUCUGGACGGAUAGCGUCUCGCGGCUCGACCCCAACUUCCAGAAGCGCGACGAGUCCGGGCCUCCGGUCCCCAUCGACCAGGUGACGCCCGAGGACCCCGCCGUCAUCACUUACCUGUGGAACGGCGAGGGCGUGCCGGUGCUAACGCACCAGCGCGACGGCACCAGGGCCAGCCUCGAGAAGCCGGGCGACGUGCUCGAGUACGCGGUCAAGACCCUCGAGGACGGCAGCUCCCGGUUUACCGACGGGGUUAGGCGGAAACUCGUGGCGCUGAGCGGGAACUGGCAAGCGGACGGGCUUCACGGCGCGGGUGCUACAGUGCAGGCGUCUGCUACGAGUUUAUGUUAA